GCUUGUGGAAGAUCAAAGUGUAUUGUGACGAAGGGKUUUAAAACCAACUCCUGAGUGACGCGGCCGGGAGGGUCCCGCGCUGCCCCUGUGCGGUGCCGUACCGAUGCGACCGAUAGACGGUGCCGUUGCCGGGGAUAACGGAAAACCUACCGUUGUCCCUGGUGGAACGACAUCCAGUUCAAAGGGCAGUGUUGUAGGAGGUGGGAACCAGGGGCAGGGCAAUCAAGGCAACGGAGGGAAGGGUGGAGGAAGGCGGCGAGGCAGGAAUGGCGGCGGAAGAGGAAGGCAAUGCAAUGGCCAAAGCCAGGGGUACCGAGGCCAAGGGAGUCAAGGCCAGGGGUACCAAGGCCAAGGGAGUCAAGGCCAGGGGUACCAAGGCCAGGGGUAUCAAGGCCAGGGGUAUCAAGGCCAGGGGGAUCAGGGAAGUCGGGGGCAUGGAAGACCCCGUUUUGACUGGAGGACGGCCAUCUGUCAACAUUGUGACCAGCAAGGCGACACUAUAAGGUUCUGUAAUAUAAGACGGGAAGACGAGAGAAGCAGACUGAUUUCCUCCACUAUAGAUGGGAAUAUCUACGAUCAGUUUGGGGAGGYCAUUGACCGAAGGCUUGGAGGAGUGAGGGCUGAAGCCCAACGAAGGGCGGCAGCUGGGCCGCCACCCCCUGCCAUGUUCAGGCUAUGGCAGGAAAAGGAGGAACCACCGAUUGGGGUGGAAGAAGUAGGAAGCGAUGAGGAAGUGACUGAAGGGCUACGAGGAGGAAGUGAGACGGAAGAGGCCAUAAUCAUCGAGUCAGAUGAUGAGGAUGAGGAGGAAAGAACGGAGCCUUUGUUCGUCUUAUUUGAGAAGAUGGAGGACUUGCUGGAUAAGAUGGGGAGGUACCAACAAAAGUUGGCAGCGCGAACGAGGAAUCAAGCCAAGGUCAGUGUCAGCCAAGAGCCUCCAAGGAGGGAACCCGAGCCAGAGAGAAGGAAAGAGGCUGUGGAAGUAGAGGACGACGAUGAUGAAGAGGAAGAGGACAAGAGGCUGCGCAGAGAAGAGGAUCAGAGAGCGGAGCAGCGGGCAAGGAAAAAGGGAACCAGGGGAGAGGCCGAACCGGUCAUACAUGACGGACCGCCCAAAAAGAAAAAAUACGCGGUCCGGUUGGAAGAGGGAUUUGAUGUAGAGAAGGUGAUUGACCGGUUGCUGGAAGGGCAUAAUGACCUCAUGACCCUGAAGGAAAUCCUAGCGUCAGCCCCGCGACAUCGCGCUGAACUGAAGGGGAGAUUAUCACGGCGCCUGGUGCCCAAUGUUCCUCUGGGUACGAUCCUGCCCAAGGAGGCAGAGUGGGCAGAGUCAGGUACGAAGAUGGACUGGAAGUGCGUAGCCUGCGGUACAGUGGAUUUGAUGGUGAAGGGUUCCAAGUGCGCAGCAAUGGUGGACACCGGGGCAGAGAUGAACAUUAUUCGGGAGGCGGACGCGAUCAGAUUCGGGCUGGAUAUAGACCGUUCUAACUGCGGUAUUCUGCAUGGAGCCAGCUGUAAGGCCGUGUUUUGUGGGACAGCCUCGAAUGUGCUCGUCGAGGUUGGAAAGGUGAAAACCAGGGCAUGCUUCUUCAUAAUGCCUGACGUGGACCAUGGAAUCCUCCUGGGGAGGUCAUUCCUAAGCAGGACAGAGACUGUGAUGUUCAACAAACAUGAUGGGACGUUGAUCCUCCUCUUAUGUGAUCCUGCCUGCGGGAAUUAUGAAAUAAUUACUUGCAGGAACACCGGGCGAAGGAGUAUWAGGAACCGGCCCAAUCCAGGAUCAUUCACAAUCGAGGAAUCGGAAGGGGAGCGCAGGAGGCUCUGGGCAGAACCCGAAGCAGGAGAGAGGGUGGAAGCAUUUUCCCUCAGCCUGUCAGAUGUUGGGAAGGCCAUGGACCUGGUGGCCGCGCAUCAGAUGACAGAUCCGGAUGCCAUCCAGGCCUUGAGGGAGCAAGUUGUGAAAUGCCCGGAGGCAGGAAGGUUGGAGUUGGUAUAUCGGCUCCCAGGCAGCGGAGGGAACCCCGCAUCAGCGCAAACACAAUCCGAAGGGGAGGCGGUGGAGAAUACGCCCCCAGUUGAUGGAUUUCUGGAUCAGGAAGAAGAUGUUCGUCUUCAUAUCAACAAGUGGUCGCCACGAGUGCGCAGCUGUGUAGGCUAUCCUAUCUGGCAAGCACCGAAGGGGUAUGAAAGGAGGAAUGAGCUAGUCCUUAAGCCCUUUGAGGAAGAAGAUCCCUGGGGCGGUAAGGAUGUUCAGUGGAUGAUGGAGCUAGCGCUGACCAGCUCGCAUAGCCUAGUGGAGGACAUGAGAACGAUUGAGGAAGGACCUGGCCAGGUAGAACGGCAUGAGGACCUGAUGGGGGGAAUGUAUCUCCUCGUCAACAUGUUAUUGCACAAAGGCCUCGACCAGUCAGGCUCACUGAACUCGACAGGAAAUGUGGACGAAGUGCCCGAGAGCCAGGACGACGAGUUCGAGGAGGGGGAGUUUAAGGAGGCUUUUCGUGCAGAGGAGUACGACGAGAUCUACCUAGAACUGGGGCUUCUUCUGUCAUGUGAAAUGCGGCUAAGGGAUGCAAGCGAUAUGGCUCAGAGGAUGCUGCAGCGCUACUUAGUGCGAGACGGCCACCUUUUCGUGAGAAGAGAAGUGGGGAAUCCCAGGAGGGUCGUCUGCGGUAGGAAUCGUCAGAUCGACGUCGUAGCAGCACUUCACGAUGGCAUUGCAGGAGGGCAUCGAGGAGUACAAGCCACGUAUUCCAAGAUAAUUGGAGAUGUCGUACUUCUCUACGAUUCAUCACUGGAGAAGCAAUGGUCCAGGAAGCUCGAUAAGAGGUGGUUAGGUCCCUACCGGAUCGUACGGGUCGGAGACUUCGGAGCGUAUCAGAUUGAGGAGCUAAAUGAGACUGAGUGGAAGGAUUGGGUAUCUGGAACGCGACUGAAGAAAUUCGUGGCGAGAGAAGAGAGGAGUCAGAGGUCGAGGGACCCUGAGCCCAGGGAGGUGAGACCGUCUCGGGGAGGACGGAAGGCCCUAGCCAGGAGAGAGGAGGAGCCGGAGCAGGAGCUAGAGGUUGAAGAGCGAGGGGCAUACCCUGAGUGUGGGUUGGGACCAGUGGAGUUCCAUCGUUUUACUAAGGGUGGAUUGAGGAGGUCACCAGCACACACACGGGAGGAGCCGCCAGUGUCUGAAGGGCCGUUGAGGGAGUUAGAGACGCAUCUGGAUAUCUCUCAGUGGAGAGCGUCGCCUCAGGAUGAGAAGCAUGAAGAGCAAGUAGAAAGGGUUCCACGAGAGGAGGUACCACAAGAGGAGGUGCCACGAGAGGAGGUGCCACGUGAGGAGGUACCACGAGAGGAGGUGCCACGAGAGGAGGUGGCACGAGAGGAGGCGCAGGGUACUCAGCGAGAGAGCAGGCUGGGUGACGUGGGGAGACGUGCAGGGAAGGAAGUGAUAGAGGUUGGAGAGGACACACCCCCACAGGCGCCAGCGAUGGGUUUGAGACUCGGGGAUGCACUAGGGAGCACUCGUCAGGCAGAGGAGAGAUUGCGGAGAGAGGAUGCCUCACUUCCUUCAUCAGAGAGGGCUCCAUCGCCAGAGGGGAGAGACGGCAGGAGGAGAGAAAGGGCAGCUGUAAGGAGGGAAGCCUUGACCCUGAUUAAUAGACACCUAGCAGCUUAUGCCCUAGAGCAUCCAGACCUGGAGGAGCUAGCACCUGCAGAGCCGCGUCAGGAGCCGUACCAACCCGAGAAGGAGAUGGAAGCAGAAAUUCCGAAGAGGGUCGACCUCCGCACGAGGGAAAGGGCGCCAGCUGGAGAGACGGCUGAAGAAAAGAGGGAGAGAAGGACUAGACAGAUAGAUGAGAUAUGGCAGGAGAUGCAGAGGUUGGAGGCAGCGGGGGAGCUUCCGGAGCAGCAACAGGAGAGGCAGAGAUCGGAGGCAGCAGGAGCACUCCCAGGUCAGCCACCCAGCGCGCCAGCUAGGGCCCCGGAGAUUCCUGAGAUGUGGAGAGACUUCUGGGAGCAUAGAGGAGAGGAACUUCCAUCGCCAGUCAGAGCCGGGUUUGGGGUGGCCAGGAAGGCGGAAGAGAGGUUAGAUCGUAAAAUCAAGUUCCUGUCCAAGACCACUUUUGACCGACACUUGUUAUUGGAGGGCGAUUUGACAGGGAAGAAGAUGAAGGAAGCAAGCCAUGGAGUACGCCUGGAGGCUAUGGAGAUGGAAAUUCAGGAACUCAGGGCCUUGGUGGCCAGCCAGGCAGCUAUCAUCGAGAGCCUGAGGCAGCAAACCCAGGGAAGGGUGGACAGGCCAGAGAGCAGCAGGGUUAUCCUAGAGCCAGAGGAAGCGAGAGCCCAGAGACAGGCAGAGAGAGAGGCAUUCGAGUUUAGAGCCCCUACCGAGCUCGCGACACUGACGGUAACAGCGGCGGGCCCAGUCGUACCUUUAGCAGUAGAGGAGGGGCUGCCACCAUCCAGAAGUGAGACGGCACAGGGCUCAGCAGAGGGGUCCAUGGGCGUGCUCCUUGAGGCGGUGCAUAUUAUGCAGGAGGAGGUGAGUUUGUUUUCACCUGAGCAGAGGAUAGAGGAGCCUCUUGAGAGAGAGAUGGGGAUUGAGGCGGAGGGUGCCAUCGAAGGCAGACUCCAGAGGAUGGGCACGCCUAAGUAUGGACCAGACGAGAUUGAGGAGCAGCCCAUGGCAGCGCCAGGAGAGACACUCGAGAGGAGACCUCAGAGGUUGGACACGCCUGAGUACGUCCCAGCGACAGGGGAUUUGAGGAGCAGACUGGGAUCUUGGGCUACUGGAUCUGGGUCUAGGGGACCGGUUCCUGGGACAGAGCAGCAGGAGGUCGUUACUACCGCAGCUCCUCGACCAGAGCAGCAGGGGGUUGUCAGUACCUUGGCAGGAUCUCCUUCAUCACCACCUCCUCAGCCCAGGAAGAAGAAGUUUAAGAGGAAGGUAGAUCAGCUAUGUUUCUACUGCAAGAAGGACGUGCAUCAUGCUCUGGACUGUCUCGAGUUCCUUAAGGAUAAGGCAGCAGGGAAGGUCUCAGAGGUAGGAGGUAAGAUGUAUGAUAAACAAGGUAGGAUAAUAGAGAAGUCCGCAGAUGGACUUAGGGCUCAGUUAUAUAGGCAAAACCAGGAGGAGUUGAGGAGAUAGCGCCGGUUUGUUUAUGUGAGUGGGCGAGUAUCUUGUGA